UAGAAACCACAUCACUAUCUAUGUAUGGCUUUUUCCAAUUCUUUCCUUUAUAAGGGACACAUAGACCAAAUACACAAGAGUUUGAUAUUAUUUUUCGUUCUCUUUUUUUUUUCUCUCAACAGACAAAAUUAAAGGAAGUUAUGGUCUUAGCCUUGUGGUUCCCAAUUCGAACCCAGGGAAUCAUCAUAAGCGUCGUCGUUUUGGCUCGCCAUGGAAGCCGGUAGGUGUAAACCUCGAAGCAAUCUCGUUCACUCAGCUAAUUUCUUUCUCUCUGGAUUCUACUGUUGGGGUUGGGAGUUCCUCACUGCUCUUCUUCUCUUUAGUUGUUCCAUCUGAACAUCCAUCAUCAUCGUAUCGGAGAUCACAUAUCGAUAUUCGAAUCGAAUACUCACUCUGUUAUUAUCAUUAUUUACUUUUUCUUCUUUACUUUUUUUUAUACAAUAAAUAAUAAUUUUGGGGGUUGGUGAGAGGGUAAAUUUGGAAAAAAAAAUGGCGCAAAGGUCGGUUCCGGCGCCGUUUUUGACGAAGACGUAUCAGUUGGUGGAUGAUCCGAUCACGGACGAUGUGAUCUCGUGGAAUGAAAACGGCACCGCUUUUGUCGUUUGGAAAACGGCGGAUUUCGCUAGGGAUUUAUUGCCCAAAUAUUUCAAGCACAAUAAUUUCUCUAGCUUUGUUCGCCAACUCAAUACCUACGGAUUUAGAAAGGUGGUGCCGGACAAAUGGGAGUUCGCAAAUGAAAAUUUCCGGCGAGGGCAGAAGGAACUUCUGUCCGAGAUAAGGCGCCGGAAAACGUUGGCCACGACGUCGACUCCAGCUCAGGUCUCACCGGAGGGAAAAUCCACCGGCGAGGGUUCUUUAUCACCGUCGAACUCAGGUGAGGACCUAGGGUCAACCUCAUCAUCGUCACCGGAUUCGAAGAGUCCGGGAUCGGUGGAGACGGCAGCUAUCGCGAUGACUCAGUUCGCCGAUUUAUCGGGUGAGAACGAGAAACUGAAGAAGGACAACGAGGUUCUGUCGUCGGAGCUGGCGCAGACCAAAAAACAGUGCGACGAACUGAUAGCUUUUUUAACGGAGUACAUGAAAGUAGAGCCCGAUCAGAUCAAUCGAAUCAUGAGGCAAGGCAUUUUCAGGUCCAUGAAAGGAGGAAAAGAUUGCGAUGACGCCGAAAACGAGGCUGAAGAAUCAUCAGAGGAAGAAGAAGAAAAUGGCGAGAAUGAAGAUGGACUGAAACUGUUUGGAGUGUGGGUUAAGGCGAAAGAGAAUAAGAAGCGCAACCGUAACGAGGGAGCAGGGUUCACUGGCGGCCCCCCACAUCCAAAGGAGAUGAAGGGCGUGGACUUUCACGCGCCGCCUCUGAUUAUGAAAAGCAGCAAGGUCUGCAACUGAUUAUUAGGUGGGAGCUUUUAAUACUCUGCGGUGGUGCGUAUGGUAAGGCCAAUGCACCCCCAUGGGUUGGUUCCUAUUAGUGUGUAGAAAGAAACAAGUCAUCAUCGUCGUUAUGAUUUUAGGUUUUUUUUUUUUUUUUUUUUUUUUUCUAUAAAAGUUUAUUUUGGUAUAUUUCUUCUUUUGAAUAGUGGUUAAUUCGAUCGUUUCUGGAGUGGGUAAAAAAAGACUUGAAUAUUGUAAUUAAUAAGUUUGAAUGGUGCAUUGUAUAUUUUUUUUAGUUAUUCUUAGUGAGGUCAUGUGAGACCAUAAGUCGUAUGGAAAAUAUAAUUUAGAGAUGAAAAGGUAAAUGGGUCUCUAUUUUUUCCAUGUAGACUACUAAAAGGCAACUUAUACUUGUGUAGAAAUAAACAAACAAAUUUGGAAUUUUGAGUUUCUACGUUAUUAGUGUGCA